AUGGUCGUAACCCGAGAACAAGCACUCGAGAAGGAGCUGCGAGACAUCACUCGGGCACUUGAGAAAGAGAAAGAAGCACACACUACAACCAUACAAGAAUUGGGCAGAACAAGGUCGAUUCUGCAAGAGGUGAAGCGCACAAGCAGGGCGGAAAGAGCUGAUUUGGAGCUCAUGACCUUGAAGUGCGCACUCCUACAACAAGACGCGGAAGGCAACGCAGAGAAGGGAGUGGUUCACACAGAUGACAAGAACCUGCGAGGCAUGUUACCCGAUGCACCAGUACAUCCCCCAGCAAAGUACGGAGCGCGUUCGAUCCCUCCUCCGAGUGACUUCGACCGCUCACUUCCGCCACAUUCUGGUCCCGAUAACCACCAUGGCGAGCGUUCCGAUUGUCUGGGGGACGACAUGACUGCCCGUUCUACGCGUGGUACGAAGCGCACUGUCGAUGAGAUGAACUCAAACAGUCCCGACGACACCUCGGCAGCGCCAGAAACCCUCUCGGGCCCCGUAGUCAUAUGCAUCAGAUGCUAUCAACAAAAGCUUCGCUGCGAUCCUGGAGAGCCCUGCCGGAAUUGCGCCACAGCUGUACACUUGUGUAAGAGAGCCAAGUGCGACGACUAUGAGCCGGGAACCUGUAAGCGGGCCAGUUGCCUGAGAGCACAUCGAAAAGACGAGGAGAUAUACAAGAACAUCGUUCGCGCUGGACAUGUCCCGAGAACCGACCCUUCCAAGCCAAGGAUUCCUAAAGCGAAGAAGCCGCGGAAGGGCAAUGACGACGAUGAUGACGACCCUCGGAGUGGUGGCAGCCGUAUUCUUGUUGGUCGUCCGGUGUAG